UUCUCCUGACACACGCGCAUGUGGAAAAGAUGCGUCAUUGUUGGCUGGCGCCAGAAACAGGACACGACGGCACGCCCACGCCCAACUAACACUGUAGGUACCUUAGAUUAUUAGGAACACCGGCAGCAUCCUAGCACGGGAUAUCUUUAUCCAUCUCACAUACUGCGCGCUCCCAGCUGUCACUGCAGCGCUUACCGUCCAUCCUUCCUCCGCUCUCGAAAGCAUGUCCCUCGCUGAGCUUCGCAUUGUGCUUCAGCAAUGGCUGUCUCCAGCGUUGUGGCUCUCCUCGCGUUAGGGCCGCUUUUGCCGGUCAUUUUCCUGUUGUUUAUGCGGCUGGCCCUGCGAGGGCUGGGCUGGUUUUUGGAAGAGAAGACUAAGGAGAGGAGAGCGGCAAUCGCUGCAAGAAUCGCGCGAGAGAGGGCUGCGGUACAUGAGAGACAGGAAAUAUCCCGUGAGGUUGAAGAUGGAUGGCAGAAUAUCGAGAAGACAGGCACUGCUGAAAAUGGGAAAUCCCCCCAAGAUGAAUUCAAUGGCGUCGUAGGCUUUUUUCACCCUUUCUGUAAUGCUGGAGGUGGCGGGGAAAGAGUGCUGUGGGCGGCUAUCGCGGCGACCCAAAGACGCUGGCCCAAUGCUAUAUGUGCAGUCUAUACCGGUGACCACGACAUUGACCGAAGCGUUGUAGUGGCAACGGUGAGAGACCGCUUCGGAAUCACCCUCCAAGAGCAUUCUCUGCUCUUCCUAUAUCUAUCUCGACGCCAUUUCGUUCUAGCGAGUACCUACCCUCACUUCACGUUGCUCGGACAGUCUCUCGGCUCUCUGAUUCUGGCUUAUGAUGCUUUCCAAUUGCUGGUCCCCGACAUUUUCGUCGACACCAUGGGCUAUGCUUUUGCAGUGGCCUUCUGCACGUAUCUGUUUCCACGGGUACGUACAGCUGCGUAUGUACAUUAUCCCACCAUCUCCAUCGAUAUGCUUGACAGCCUGGACGAUACAACAGGUCAACGCGGGAUUCAUUCUGGGGCGGGCGCUGGGUGGAAGGGAAAGUUGAAGAGAUACUACUGGACCGCCUUCGCAUGGCUCUACGGCUGGGUUGGGAGUCAGAUCGAUGUCGUUAUGUGUAACUCAACCUGGACCCAAGGACAUAUUCGGCAAUUGUGGAAGCCGAAGAAGACAUCUUCGAAGGCUCGCUUUGCAGCAGUCGUCUACCCUCCUUGUCCGGUGGAAGAACUGGAAUCCAAGAUUCGGGUCACCGAGGAAAGCGAGAAACGACGGGAAAACAUCGUGCUAUAUAUUGCACAAUUCCGGCCUGAAAAGAACCACUCACUCAUUCUCCGCGCGUUUGCGCAAUACUACCAUGCAGCAAGAGACAAGCCGCGCCUUGUACUCAUUGGUUCCGUCCGCAGCAACACCCCGGACGAGAAACACAUUUACAACCUCCGCCUUGAAGCUCGUGAACUGAAGGUCAAAGAUGCCACUGCCUUCAUUUGCGAUGCGCCUUUCUCGGUCAUUCUAGACUAUCUUCAGAAGUCGAGUAUUACCACCAACGGCAUGUACUCAGAGCACUUUGGAAUUGGUAAUGUGGAAGGGCUGGCAGCAGGACUGAUCCCGGUCGUGCACAAUAGCGGCGGCCCCAAGUUGGACAUAGUCGUCCCUUACGAGGGUCAGCCUAUUGGCUUCCUUGCAGAAACUGACGAAGAGUUCGCUGCCGGCUACCAGCGUGUGGCGGCCAUGAGUCCCCAAGAGCGGUUCGCCAUGAGGCUGAGAGGACGUAAAAGCGCCUUUCGUUUUACUGAAGAGUCUUUCGCCAGCAAAUGGAUUGAGAAUAUGGAGACGCUGGUCAACAUGCAGACCCCCUGAUAGCCGUCCUCUGGUGCCAUACAGGGAAUUGAAUAAGCCGGUGUGUCAUGUCAGCUAGAAAGAAUACAAUGAUACCCC